UAACUAAACUACAAGAAAAACAACCCCGUGCCCGGUCAGUUCCCUUUCCAAGCCGGUAGAUCCUUCGUUGCCAAUGUCAACCGUCGCCAACACCCCAACAGGCCCCACUGCUCGCUGGCGUAAGCGGCCCCCUCCCGUCCAUUGUCUUCCGUCGGCUCGCGCAUGUAAAAAUUUCAACUACGCCUUCAGCCCGUAGAACUCCGGGCGCAUAUAAACAAAGUUUCAGAAUUAUUCGCAGCCAGCGGACGCGGAAAAAUCGUCUCGCAUUACGCGUGUGAAAAAGCGGAUUAAUCCAGUGAAAUGCGUAGGGCCUAAAGCACAUUUAAGCCUUAUUUCCGAACAAUUAAUGAGCGCUUGUCUAUGGACAAAUGGUUUGGCGAAAAACGUCUCUGGCUGUUUGGUAAUCACCUUCCACUUCUGCCCAGAAGACCACAAGGUAGUAGUAAAAUGGACCGCUACGAGAAACUCAGUCGGCUGGGCGAGGGCUCCUACGGCGUUGUCUACAAGUGCCGGGAUCGGGAGACGGGUGCUUUGGUGGCGGUCAAGAGGUUUGUGGAGUCCGAGGAUGAUCCGGCCAUCCGGAAAAUUGCACUGAGAGAGAUAAGGCUACUGAAGAAUCUGAAGCAUCCAAACCUGGUGUCCCUACUGGAAGUGUUCCGGCGAAAGCGUCGUCUGCACCUGGUGUUCGAGUUCUGUGAGCUGACCGUACUCCAUGAGCUGGAACGCCAUCCGCAGGGCUGCCCGGAACACCUGACCAAACAAAUCUGCUACCAGACGUUGCUGGGGGUGGCCUACUGCCACAAGCAGGGAUGCCUGCAUCGGGACAUCAAGCCGGAGAACAUCCUGCUGACGGCCCAGGGUCAGGUGAAGCUGUGCGACUUCGGGUUCGCCCGCAUGCUGAGUCCGGGGGAGAACUACACAGACUACGUGGCCACCAGAUGGUACAGAGCUCCGGAGCUACUCGUGGGCGACACCCAGUACGGCACCCCCGUGGACGUGUGGGCCAUCGGUUGCCUGUUCGCUGAGUUGGUGAGGGGUGAGGCCCUCUGGCCCGGCCGGAGCGAUGUUGACCAACUGUACCUUAUCCGAAAGACCCUGGGGGACCUGCUGCCUCGACACAUUCAGAUUUUCGGACAGAACGAAUACUUCAAGGGCAUCACCCUGCCGGUGCCGCCCAACCUAGAGCCGCUGGAGGACAAGAUGCCGCCCAAGUCGCUGCAGAACCCGCUGACCAUCGACUUUCUGAAGAAGUGUCUCGACAAGGAUCCGGCUAAGCGAUGGUCCUGCGACAAGCUGAUAAAGCAUUCCUACUUCGAGGACUACAUCGCCAAGCAGCGGGAGUUGGAGCAUGCCAACAGCCUGGAAGCAGCCUCUUUGCGGCAGCAGCAGCUCGCCUCCCAGCAGUUCAUGCUUGCUACGGCGGCCCAGCAGUUGCAAACGGGUCCCGCCCAAGCGGCCGCAGUUGCCGCAUCUCGUGACAAAUCAAAGACUUCAAACACCUCGUUGCCGCUAUUACCAAGCACAACACAUCAUCACCAUCCGCAUCAGGAUUUUAUGAAACUGCAGUCCCUGAACAAGAAUGGAACCCUCCUCCAUCGUAGUGAACACCAUCUGCCCACAAUUUGAGUAAAAGUUGCAACCAAAAGUGUCCUUAUUUUACAGAAUUUAUAUUGUUUACUGCUAAUAAUAAAAGGAUAAGAGUAC